CCAAGAGGAUCUGUCAUGGCUGACGCUCUCCAGACACAAGAGACCGGUGGCGGGGAAGGAGCUCCAGCUCCACCAGCGACCCCCACUCAGGACCCGAAGCCAGCCAGCUCUGAAGCGCAGGACGUCAAGCCUGCCGCUGUUGAACCACAACAAGUAAAUGAACAAAUUGAAGCCAAGAAGGAACCAGAGCCAGAACCAACACAACCUGUAGAAGCUAAACAAGAAGAAGUGAAACCAACAGAAGUUAAGCCAACAGAAGUCAAACCAACGGCAGAGCCUUCAGUAGACCAGAAUGGGAACGAUGUCGCACAAAAUAACACAGAUACCAAAGACGCUAACUGGCAACAGAGAGAGUUAGAACUUUUAAAGAAGAUCGAAGAAUUAGAAAAAGUCAAGAAUGAAACGACUGAAGAUGGAUUGAAAUUGGAGUUGAAGGUUCGCGAAGAAGAGAUUGAUCUCUUGAAGGCAAGAGUUAAAAAUCUAGAGACUGAACUCCAGGCUGCAUUGUCAAAACCCAGUGGCAAAAACCAUGAGAUGAUUGAGAAUAUUAAACAGCAACAUGAAGAGCUGCUAAGCAAAGCCCGUGGCAUGAUCUUUGACAAAACAAAGAUGGUGAAGAACCAGGAGCUGCAGAUUGAGGCUUUGACGACGCAAGUGCAGUCGCUGAAAGACAUCAACCAAAUCACGAAAGAUUUGCUUGAGAUAAGGAAUUCAGAAAUCAAAGCUAUGGAGGACCGCCUGGCUGUCAUGGAAACACGCUUCAAGACGGAGAAGGAGCGCUUUGGAUUGGUGCUGCAGCGCGCUCAGACCAGUUCCAACAUCAACGGUGACCUCAAGAAGGAGUACGAGACUCAGCUUGCCAUAUUCAAGGAACUCAGGGAGAAAUACGAGCAAAGGGUUAAGGCUCUCGUCGCUGAAAACGAGAGGCUCAAGGCAUCUAUUACUCCUAAUGACACCUCUGGCAGCUCGACAUCUGCGGCGAAGUGACAGGGCAAACAAAAGACUGUUUCAAUGUAAAAUACGGCACAACAGAUAAGUUGCCCGCUGCAUUUUUACGAAAUGAUACGAUGAUAUUUAAUUUUGUAUUG